AUGGCGCUUCACGCUUACAUGAACAAGUUGCAGGAGGAGUCGCCAACGCCGACCAUCAACUUCACGAACCUCAAAUCCUUGGAGAAGAAAGGGUCCUUUGUGCUGUCUUCGCCAUGUUCCACGCCCACGACAGCCAGCCCGGGCAUUUCACCGGUUUCAUCGAGAACAACAAGUCCCCUCGCCUUGGAUACAACAGAUGAGGACUCAACCUUCCACUUCGAAUCUCCAGAGGCAUCCGGCGGGGCAUCCAGUUGGUUCACUUUGGCGAUGAAGAAGCUUCUUCGGGUCUCAUGCUGCUCCAGGCGCAGAGGAUCUCUGGAGGGUGCCGGCGAGGAUGCGAAGAACCACAGGCCCACACUGUCCAGAUGCAACACGGCUCCGGUUCGUGACACGCGCACCGACAGGUGCCCUCAAGACUCCAAGCCCGCAUUCAACAAAUCCAAGACCGGGCUGGGCACACCGCAGCACCGAUCCAGUUGUGCAUUGCCGAGCAUCCGACGGUCAAUAUCGUUUGCACGGAUGACAAGCCCAGACGACGAUGCGGAGAAGGAUCCCACACUGGCCUUGCAGAUGUACACUGUGCCCUUGCUUACCCUGCUGGAGAUGCGCGAAGCCUUGCCGCAUGAGACGCUGAAGGCCCAAGGAAGGCUUCGCAUCUUUUCACGCAGGUUGGGAAAAGCAGUCUACGUUUCGCACGAAUGGGUGAGCAAGCAGCAUCCCGACCCGAAGUUUGAGAAGUUGGGGAUCUUGCAGGAUGCAGUGAAGAUGAUCAUGUCAGAGUUGGACAUCAUCCCCCCGGAUGCAAUUGGCGGGCAGCUCUACUCUGAUAACAAAGGCAUCCAAACCAGGGAGUUCCGCCGCCCCGAGAGCUUGUACUUCUGGUACGACUACUUCUCCUGCCCACAGCUGCCCGAGCAGAACAUCCGCAAGACCGUUGCCUCUUGUAUUCCGCAGUACAUUGCUCGCUCUGACUUCUUCUUCGCUCUCUGCCCGGCCGUUGUGACGGCGGAGGGCCACACGCACAGCCCGAGCUCAUGGGCGAAGCGAGGGUGGUGCAGAUUCGAACGGGCGGUGCGCGAGAUGUCAGGAUCGUGGAUCCUUGUUCAGGGCCCAAGGACCAUGGAGGUGCUUGCCCAGCCCCAGAUCGUCAACAGCUACGGAGGAGCCCCCGGCGAGGGCAACUUUGCUGAGGAGGUGGACAAAGCGCUCAUCGCGGAAGUGCUGCCAGAAGUGCUCCGCGAGCAGAUGAUGUCUUCUUUGAGGGCUGGGGACGUUGUGGCCUAUCGGGUGCACCUGAACCUCCAGAGCGUGCUCUUUCGGGGCCUGGAAGGCGCCAAACACAUUUCCGAUGUCGUCCCAGGAUUUGAACCGAGCCCGACGGAUGACGGGGCGGAGCACUUCCUGUUUCAGAAUGGCUUUCAAGGCUUCAACGAGGUCGAUGCAGCAGGAUGGUCGCCGCUGUGCUACGGUUGCCUCUCUGGGGACGUGCGGGUGGUCCAGGCUCUCCUCGGGCGCCGUGCGGACCCUGACACCCAGACAAGCAAGCCGCAAGAGCUGGUGAACCUGACGGCAUGGAAUCCGGUGACCUCCAUCUGUGCCUUCUUCCACCAGAACGCAGCCCUGAGGCUGCUGAUCGAAGCGAGGGCCAGGGUCGACUCCGGCUGGAACCCGCCUAUCUCCGCCGCAGCCACUACCGACAAUGCAGAGGGCAUCCGUGUCCUCUGCGAGGCCGGCAACAGCCCCACAGCCAAGAACUCCUUCGGCAUGUCCCCAUUAGAGAUUGCUUCUGGGGCAGGUGCCGUGGCUUGCAUGGACGAGCUGGUCGGCCGCAUGGAUGAAGUGGACACGUCGAGGGCGCUGCACUUUGCCAUGUGGUAUCGAGGAGGGGCAGAAGAGGUGAUUUCUAGACUCAUCAGCGUGCGUGCCGACUUGGACGGGCAGCUCAAGAUGCCGGCAGCAUCUCUCCUUUCAAUCGGUUGCGCGAAUCUAAGCCUGCAGCAUCGGCUUGGCAGGGUCUCAACAUCGACGCGGAUUGCUUACCACAGCUCAGACAGCACACCGCUCAUGUUGGGUGUACUCUCUGGACAACAUGCAGGGGUCUUGGCUUUGGUCAAGAUGGGCGCACGGCUGGACCUCAAGAACUCUCGCAAGCGCACAGCAUCGGACAUGGCCUUGGAGGUGAGGGCACCGGAGAAGCUGCAGGAAGCUUUGCUCUGA